CGAGGUCGGAGACACCGGUGGGGUCGGUGUUCUCAUAGCCGGUGUGUACACAAUGUCUUGCUGGCUGGGGUUAACUGAUGACCCCCAACUGUCGAACAGCCGUCCGCUACGAGCGCGAUCCCGUCAGUCAAGUUUUCUCAAGACCACCGUAAAGGGGGUAACGUCGGCUUGUAAGAAACUCUGGAUAGCAUUUUGGCCUUUUAUUGGCGUCUGGUGGUUAGCGUUCUCCUCUGUAGUUCAGAUUAAUUGUCUGUGGGAAGAAAGUGGUAAAGACAAUAUUAAUGCUACAUGGUCAGAAGAAGAGUAUAAUGAACCCCCCCAACACACUACUGGGUUGGAAACUACAGACCCCAUGGUCAGUUGGAGAUGGUCUCAUUGCCACCAGCCCCACAAGGUGCAGAAAGCUCUAGCUUAUGCUCUCAUCAUCGGCCUGUACAAACUUGCGCCAGGCAUACUGAUCAUUCGCUGGUGCUAUCAAAUCAACUUGCGAGAUUUGCUUAAAGGCAAAAUCAAUCAGGACGUAGUUUACGACAAACGAUAUCUACUUGCAUUGUACGUCAUUCUAUGGGCUAGUUCCAUCCUGAUCAACUUCAGCAUCAAGUGCGCAUCGUGUGAGCAGUUUUUUACCUUACGAUGGACGAUCAGCUAUUUCUCUCACCAUCAGUACGUCGUGCCACAUGCCAUCUGUGCUUUCGUUUCCCUGCCAUUCUACGCAAUAAUCUAUUUUCCUUCGUUCUUUUGCUGUUGGCACGUAAUCGAUUUGACGAAUGCUUUAGUCUCCUUGGCCGCAGACACCAAGAAUCUAGCUGACUCUGUAGCAAUAAACAACGAUGACGAACCUGACCGCAUUCUCAGUAAAGUAUUUGACAGAAUCAAAGAACAAAGCUGGUCCCGCCAUGCUGGCAUUGGAAAAGAGGUUGAAUUUUUCACCAAGCUCACGAUGUUUGUAGGGGCGAUUGUCGGCUUCGCGUUUUCGAAUAUUUAUGUUUCGUCAAAACUCUCCAAUUUCAUGGAGUGGGCGCAUCAUGUAAGUCAGCUGCUGUAUCUUGCAGUCGCCUGUAUGACUCCGUUCUUUUACGUCGCUUCAGGAGUUAAGAAGUUACACGAAGCUCAUGAAAUCUUCGUUUGCCAAGCUAGAAGGGCACAAGUGGAAAAAUUGUGUAAGAGUAGUACAAAUGCCGCAGUCCCAUUGGAGUGGGAAAAAUGGAGCGUGAUCAUUGACACCAUGCGUGAAAGGGUGGUCAGUAUUGUGAACACAGAAAAAGAGCAAUGUUGGACGGCGUUUGCAACAAUGGGUGCGAUUUUGUGGCAUCUUCUUGGCCAUUUGAACAAGUUUGAUGACGCCCCAAAGGGAAUUAUCGAGACUGAACGAUUUGCUCUGACGUACAUGAUUUCCUUCACGCUCAUUCUUGUGAUCCUGACCGUACUUGCAGUAAUUUUUGGCUUUGACAUGGUCCCACAGUUUGUGAAGGCCGGUAACAGGCAAGGGCAUCUCAGAGUUAUUCUGUGUUCCUUCCCGGUAGGCGGCGUCGCUCUUGCGGUCGUGUAUUUGCCAUGGCAUUACUUGAAAUACAUUACCUGUAAGUUGUAAAGAUAUACCCUUUUAUAUACUUAUCUACAUACAUUGGUGCAUCGAUCUAAUCAAAUUUAGUCAUUGAUUGGGAAACAACUUUUGAAGUUUGUAUAUAGAACGCAGAUGUCCGUUAUAUUACUUACUUAUCAUCAAUUGUAUUGACACUAAAUCUAUGAUCAUCUUAGCCCUCAAAUAAUGCUCAAAGGUCACUUGUAAAACCGCAUAUAUUGAAGUAAUUAUGAUGCACGUAUUGCUGAGGUCCGUACGGACCCCAGUCGGACUUAGCACAGACUUCCUUUUCAAUAUGCAUAGACUUUAAUCGUGUAAUUGUCUUCGAAUGUGUCUUAAUAUUGUCUUAAUAUCGCCUAAUGUUGUUUCAUGUGCACAAUGAAGAGUGUCAUUGUUUUUAAUGCUCUAUAUACUGUAAUAAGGACGAAAUUCGGGUAUUCGCCCUUGAGAGCCUUACUGAAUAAAAAUUUGAUUUGAUUUGAUUUCAAUAUUUAGAAACGACAGUUUAUAUUUAAAUGGGUCUACUCGCAGGUAACAACACUUUGCCUUGAAAAGAUAAGAAAUAACUUUGCAUUGAAAAUGCAUAUUUUGUAUCCAAUAACAACACAAGAUUGUCAUUGUUCAGCUGACUAUGUUACACUGGUAUUUUGCUGGAUAUGGUUGUUUGCACAAAAUAUUUAUCCAUUAUUUUGUUAUUCACAAGAAUUGAUCAUUUGAUGACAAU